ACCUCGUAAAACCGACACUAAAACGUCCCGGCCUACAAAUCACCCGGCCAAAUUAUGAGUUCAUUGUAUUAUGCGAAUGCUUUGUUUUCCAAAUAUCAAGCUGCAAAUUCGGUUUUCCCAGCUGGAAUCUUUCCCGAGCAAACUUCUUGCGCUUUUGCGUCUAGUUCUCGGCGAGGCAGCAGCUAUGUCUCGGGGUCCAGUGGUACUGCCUUCUCCUCAAUGUCGGGGCUCUACAACAGCGGAGGGAGCAUGCACCCCCAGAACCAGAGCAUGUACUCCACCGGAUAUGGCCUCAAUACCGGCUCCUUUAACAUGCACUGCUCCCCCUUUGAUCAGAACUUGUCUAUGAUGUGUACCGGAGACCCGUCCAAACCGUCCAGUUGUGCCAAAGCUGAGCAACGGGACUGCGACCAACAGAAUGAGGGCAACUUCCGGAUCUAUCCGUGGAUGAGAAGCACAGGCGUUGACAGAAAGCGGGGCCGGCAGACCUAUACGCGGUACCAGACGUUGGAGCUUGAAAAGGAGUUCCACUUCAACCGCUACCUGACCAGGCGGAGACGCAUCGAGAUCGCCCACGCGCUCUGCCUGACAGAACGACAGAUUAAAAUUUGGUUCCAGAAUCGACGCAUGAAGUGGAAGAAAGAGAACAAGAACGCUGAUCAGAGCUCCCCAUGCGACGAUAAACCAGGCGGUGAUGAAGAGGAGGACGAGGAAGAGUAGCAAAGAAGUCUCUCCAGAUUCGAAAAAGAGGGAAGGAGACUAGACUGAUAUUCAACCGAUAGUGAGAUCACACCGUCCCCAUUUUGUAUGACACUGAGUAUAACACACAAUACUACCUACAAUGGUCACUGUUUUGUAAAGUUAGGGAUUGAUAUUAAAUCUACCUACGAGGCGAUUAUCGCUUAAUUAAAUUUGAGUAAAUACAUAGGUUAUUUUUCGUAUAUUGUAAAGGUAAUUGUUACUUGUGGCUUACUUAGAAACUCUAAACAAUCUCGUGUCGCAGCACCUUCGACAGUAAAAGAAAUGUUACCAUGAUUAUCUGUAAAGGGAUUGUCUGUACAACUGCAUAUCCCUAAUGUACAUACGUUUGUUAUGCACUUACCUCCUUUCGUCACUUUGUGUAUUUGUGUAUACCUGUUAUUUUUCUCAUUUCUUAGUGAAUUGUCAUUUCAUUUUA